GGGAGAAAAUCAAAAGUGAAAAAAAAGUGUGAGCUUUGAGAUUGAAAAUGAUAUUUUGCUGAGAAAAUUUAGAAAAAGAUCAAAUCUUUACUAAAAUAAAAAAAAGAAAUAGAGAUAUGGGUUUAAUUUAAACAAUUAUUUUCCAUAAAAGAAAGAAAAGAAAGAAAAGGAAAACUAAAACACCAACACCAACAGCCAAAGGUUGUUUGAUGGAUUAUGUUUUUCUUCUUUUUCCUAAAUCCCUUAUUUUUCUUUAAAUUCUAAAAUCUCUAUCUCUCUGUGUGAGAAAGAAAGGAGUGGCUCAACUAUCUCUUUUGUUGCUUUUGUUGGAAAAUGCUGUUUGGGAUUUUAAGAUCAAACCCAGAUCUUGUUACCUUUCGGUCAACCUUAAUGCUUUUGUUAAUCUUUGGAAGCUACGGAAAAAUAGAGCCAAGGGGAACACAGAUUUUUUUCAACAUAUGAAGUUUGGUUGAUGUUGUUGUUAAGGCAAACAAUGAAGCUUCUCUGUUGAGGAAUUUGAGUAAUAACUCAUUUUAUUGAGGAUGGAGUUCCAUAUUUAUUGCUGGGUUGACUCAUUGUCCACUUCGAGUAUGAUGAUACUGCAUUUGCUUUGAGGGGUUUUCUUUUUCAUAUCGAGGUUUUAAGCUACGAUGAUCAAACAAAUACUUAAUAGGCUCCCACGGAAACCAUCUAAGUCGAGUGACAAUCGUGAGGGAGGAGGAACCUCUACUUCAUCAUCAAAUGCUUCUACCAGUUCAAGAAGCAGUGAUCUAGUUAGUAACCGCCAUGCAAACUCUAGCAGUUCGUCCUUUUCCAGCUCUAGUUCUCCAAAUUCUGGGUUGAAUCAAGGUAACAAGUUUUCUCAAGUCGUGAAUACGAAACUGAAUGGGAAUAUGGUAACCACUUCUUUCGAGGCUUUACCUAGUUUUAGAGAUGUACCGAAUUCUGAGAAGCAGAACUUGCUUAUCCGAAAACUGAACUUGUGUUGCAUUGUGUUUGACUUCACUGACCCGACAAAAAAUCUCAAAGAGAAGGAUCUCAAGCGGCAAACCUUGCUUGAGCUUGUGGAUUAUGUUUCAUCUGCUAAUGGAAAAUUCUCGGAGAUUGUUAUGCAAGAAAUCGUGAAGAUGGUAUCUGUAAAUUUGUUUAGAGCGCUAACAUCUCCGCCCCGUGAGAACAAGGUUUUAGAAGCAUUUGAUUUGGAAGAGGAAGAACCCUCGAUGGACCCUGCGUGGCCUCAUUUGCAAGUUGUUUAUGAAUUUCUCUUGAGAUUUGUGGCAUCACCCGAGACAGAUGCAAAAUUGGCCAAGCGGUAUAUUGAUCACUCUUUUGUUCUAAGGCUGUUAGAUCUUUUCGAUUCAGAGGACCCCAGAGAAAGGGAGUAUCUGAAAACUGUUCUGCAUCGUAUCUACGGAAAAUUUAUGGUCCAUCGUCCAUUCAUCAGGAAGGCAAUCAAUAACAUCUUUUACCGCUUUAUUUUCGAAACUGAAAAACAUAACGGAAUCGCAGAGCUUCUAGAAAUACUGGGAAGUAUAAUCAAUGGGUUUGCUUUGCCAUUGAAGGAAGAACAUAAGCUCUUUCUUGUCCGUGCACUGAUACCGCUUCAUAAACCAAAGUGUAUACCCAUGUACCACCAGCAGUUAUCUUACUGCAUUACUCAAUUCGUGGAGAAGGACUGCAAGCUUGCCGAUACCGUUAUACGGGGGUUGCUAAAGUAUUGGCCAAUCACAAAUAGCUCGAAAGAAGUCAUGUUCUUAGGUGAACUGGAGGAAGUUUUAGAAGCCACACAACCUGCCGAGUUUCAACGCUGCAUGGUACCCUUGUGCCGUCAGAUAGGCCGUUGCUUGAGUAGUUCCCAUUUUCAGGUGGCAGAGAGGGCUUUGUUCUUAUGGAACAAUGAUCAUAUCGAGAGCCUAAUAAGACAGAACCGGAAAGUUAUACUUCCAAUUAUUUUCCCAUCCUUGGAGAAGAAUGCAAGAAACCACUGGAACCAGGCAGUGCAGAGUUUGACUUUAAACGUCCGAAAGAUUUUCUCCGCCACUGACCCUGAGCUCUUUGAGGAGUGCUUGCACAAGUUUAAGGAAGACGAAGCACAAGAGAACGAGGUUAAAUCAAAACGAGAAGCAACAUGGAAACGAUUAGAAGAGAUUGCUGCAAUGAAAGCUGCAAGUAAUGAACCGGUGCUUAUCUCCCCUAAAGCAACUACCCGUAAGCCAUCUGGUUAGGAACAAGUGAUUGGCAUUUUAGUUGCAGAUGUUCGAUGUCAAGAUUGGUAUUGCAAGCCAUCGGUAGGUGGACAUAAAUGAUGAAGCCGAGUUUUUCGUUGUACCAAACAGAUUUUGAUGUCUCAUGGAUUCAUCAAAGAUUUGAUGCUAUGUGGGGGUAAUCUAAACCCCUUUUGCUCAUAUAUGCAUAGCAUGUGUAUAUAAUGUAUCGAGGGACAAAAGAUAAAAAGAAAGUUUGAUUUGUCUUGUAAAGUUGACAUCUUUUUCCAUUCAUAAAUCUUCAAGGUCUGUCUUCUUA